AUGGCCGGGCUGCCCGGCGCCGUGCGGACGCGGAGCGGCUCCCCCGGAGCCUCCGCCGCGCUGCCCGCCCCGCGCCUCGCCGCCCUCGACGGCGCCUUCCUCUGCUCGCCGCUCGGGGGGCUGAUGGGCGCCCAGGCCGUGCUUGGCCUACUGGUGUGGGCUCUCAUUGCUGACACGACCUACCACCUCCACGCAGCAUACGGCUGGGUGAUGUUUGUGUCCAUCUUCUUCUGGGUAGCAACAGUCCUCCUCUUCAUGACCUACCUCCUGCAGCUUCCACUGAAGUUCUAUGUGAUCCCCUGGCCCCUCGUGCUGCUGAUCUUCAACGCUGCAGCAACCAUUCUGUACAUCACCGCCUUCAUAACGUGCUCCGCAGCCGUCCAGCCUACCUCGUGGCGCCAGUGGGAUUACAACAGAAGAGCCGCAGCGUCUUUCUUCGCCUGCCUCGUGAUGCUCACCUACGGAGUGAGCACGUUCCUCAGCUUCCGUGCCUGGAAAGGACUUGGCAGCAACGCAGCCACCAGCCAAGUGACCAACCAGGCGUGAAGAGCAGCGUGCACCCGGGCAGGGUGGCUCAGUGCAGCACGUCACUGAGCCACUCAUGCCACCGGGGCUCCUUCUCUAUUGGCAGUGGUGGCAGCAGCCAUCGCUGCUGGCCCACAUGCCAGGGUCAUGUGGAGGCUGUUCUGUGGUCUCAGGUGAUGCUUUUCUAGCUGACGUGUCCA